CGCGCGCCCGGGCCACGGGACCGCGGGCGGCGCGCGAGCGCGGCCGACAGCGACGUGCGCGCGGAACGGCAGCGGAGGUGCUGCUGCGCGACGUUCCCGCCUCGGUGUGAGUUCUCGCCGGAGCCCGGCGCAGACUAAUUUCAGAAAAUGCCGAGUAGGAAGUUUGCUGACGGUGAAGUGGUAAGAGGUCGGUGGCCGGGGAGUUCACUUUAUUAUGAAGUGGAGAUUCUGAGCCAUGAUGGCAAAUCCCAGCUCUACACUGUGAAAUACAAAGAUGGAACUGAGCUGGAACUGAAGGAGAGUGACAUCAAGCCUUUAGCGUCCUUUAAACAAAGGAAAAGUGGUUCAACUUCCAGUUCUCCCUCCAGACGUCGGGGGAGCAGAGGGAGUCGAGGAAGUCGGUCAAGGUCACGGUCACGGUCUCGGUCCCCUGGUCGGCUACCUAGAAAUUCUCGAAGAUCUGCCUCGGCUUCCCACCAGCCGGACAUAAAGGAAACCCGGAGGGAAAUACUGGAAGUUAAAUUGACUCCACUGGUGUUGAAGCCUUUUGGAAAUAGUAUCAGCAGAUACAAUGGGGAGCCUGAGCGCGUGGAGAAGAAUGUGGAGAAGAAUGACCUACCCCCCAAGAUCACGCAGGAAAAAUUCCAUUUGCCACAAGAAAGCAGUUACAUAUCUACACAGUAUAGCCUUCGUCCAAGAAAAGAAGAGAUCAAAUUAAAAGAAGCAGAUUUUAAGGAGGAAGAAGUUGUCACAAAAAGACCUGCUCUGAUGAGGACCGUUGAAAUGAGCCCUGCCCAGAAGGAGGACCAGGAGUUUGGAGGAGCCCCUGGUGCGUUCUUCAUCAUGAUCGGCCUGCCUGUCUUCCUCUUCCUGCUGUUGCUGAUGUGUAAACAGGAUGAGCCCAGUCUGCUGAACUUCCCUCCUCCUCUGCCAACGUUCGAUGCUUUGUGGGAAACCAGGGUGUUUGGGAUCUACCUGCUCUGGUUUUUUGUUCAGGCUCUGUUCUAUCUGCUGCCAGUUGGGAAGGUCGUAGAAGGAACGCCUCUUAUUAAUGGAAGAAGACUCAAGUAUAGAUUAAAUGGAUUCUAUGCUUUUCUCCUGACCUCUGCAGCCGUUGGUGCUUGUCUCUUCUGGGGCAUAGAGCUGCGUUACCUGUACAAUCACUUCCUGCAGUUCGCCCUUGCAGCGACGGUGUUUUCUGUACUCCUGAGUGUUUAUCUCUACGCACGCUCUUUGAAGGCGCCCAGGGAGGAACUGUCGUCCAACAGCUCUGGAAAUGCUGUCUAUGAUUUCUUCAUUGGCCGUGAAUUAAAUCCUCGAAUUGGUACUUUUGAUCUCAAAUACUUUUGUGAAUUGCGCCCUGGAUUGAUUGGAUGGGUGCUCAUUAACUUGGUGUUGCUUUUGACUGAAAUGAAAUUAUACAACCGUGCCACACCAUCCUUGGCAAUGAUUUUGGUCAACGGUUUCCAGCUCUUGUAUGUGGUAGAUGCUCUCUGGAAUGAGGAAGCGGUGCUGACGACCAUGGAUAUCAUCCGUGAUGGCUUCGGCUUCAUGCUGGCUUUUGGAGAUUUGGUGUGGGUUCCAUUUAUCUACAGCUUCCAAGCUUUUUACUUAGUCCAUCAUCCUAAUGAAGUGUCUUGGCCAGUGGCUUCUUUCAUUAUCGUUCUGAAACUUUCUGGGUAUGUAAUCUUCCGAUGUGCAAAUUCUCAGAAAAAUGCAUUCCGGAAAAAUCCUGCUGAUCCCAAGUUGGCACAUUUAAAAACCAUUCACACUGCAACGGGGAAAAGUCUUCUUGUCUCUGGCUGGUGGGGCUUUGUUCGCCACCCCAAUUACUUGGGCGAUCUCAUCAUGGCCCUGGCGUGGUCUCUCCCUUGUGGCUUUACUCACGCUCUGCCUUAUUUCUACGCCAUCUACUUCACCAUCCUGCUUGUGCACCGCGAGGCCCGUGACGAGCGCUGCUGCAGGAGGAAGUACGGCUUGGCCUGGGAGAAGUACUGCCAGCGCGUGCCCUACCGGAUCGUGCCGUACGUUUACUGAGUCUGCUUGGAGAUUGUAAGGCACCUGUGAUUCUGGCUUCCAUUUACAAAGAAAAAUUCCAAAAUGAACUUUGUUUUGUUGCACUGAGGGACUCUGUGUUUUUUGAGACAGGAUUAUAGAGCCAAGUAGCAGGUGUUAGAAUAUAGCUAUAUUAAAACUUUUAACAGGAAAAAUACAAAAUGAUAGCAUUUUAUGGGAAAGUUUCAAUUCUUAAAAAUCUGAAAGCAAAAGUCUUAUAAAUGCACUUGAAUAUUUUUCUGGUUUUUGAUUUCAAAAUUUACUUUUGCUGGGUUUUUCAUAAAAACAUUGUUACAUUAAACAUGUACAUUUUAUUGCAUUAAUAGCAUUUUUAUUAUGUGAUUUAAAAUUAAAAACUGGUCUGUUGAAUCCUAUAUGUGAAAAGUGAUGCGAGAUAUUGGUAAACAUUGUUUAAGGGAAACCAUUAGUAGUAGUUGGCUUAACUUCAGCUUCUAGAACUGCAUAUGAAAAUGUAAAUAUAGCAUAUACUUUUAUGUAAUAUAUGGUGACUUCAGAUUUUUCUGUAUAGUAUUUUGAAUGUGAGAUAAUUGUCAGGACUAAAGAUCUUUAACAAAAGCAUUUUCAGUAUUUUAAAUUGUUUUAUAGAAUAACAUGUGAAUUUACAAAUUUGAAGCAAUUACAAUUCAUAUUGUAUAGAAGAUGCUGUUAAAACAUAGGAAGGAUAUUUUUCUUGUUCCAAAGUUUGUGAAUUUGGCUUUGCUACCUCAAUUGCAGGUGUGUUUGCCUUUAUAAACUGUUGCAGAUAGAAAAAAGUAAAAUAUAUAUUUUUGAAGUAACAUCAUUAUUUAAACAUUUUUACACACAUUGGUAUUUGGAAAUUUUGCCAUUUCAGGCUAAUAUUUUUAUACCUUUUUGACUUUUUAAAUUCAGUGUUUUUGCUACUGUUUAACUCAUGCAGUUUAUACUGUAUUUUGUAAAUUCUUUAUAUUUACUAUCUAUGUAAGAGAUUAGUUUUAAAUCACUUUGUUCUUGUAAGUUUAAUAGUUAAAGCUACCUUAUGCACAUCUGUUAAAUUCUGGUAAAGUUGAUGCAGUCUCAAUCUAAUGGAACAGUAGCAAAUUCACUCAACUUUUAUAUUGAGAGUUAAAUUGCUCUCAGGAUCUUUUACACAAAGGGGAGCAUAAUGCAUAGUGUAUGUUGGGUUUUUUCAUUUUCUGUAUGAGCCAUUGGGAUAUGCAGUGUUCAUUGUGCACUGCCAUUUGAAGUGUAUGUAACUUACCUUAUGUAAAUGUGACCAUGAAGUUGGCUUUCUCUAGCAGUCUGCAUCUUACAAUCCCUAAACGUUGUUUUGGUGAAAUUGUCAGCGAUUUAUCCGUACCAAUAUAUGCAAACAGCUGUUUUAUGCUUUUCUUGGGACAUUGGAAAGUGAUAUCCCAGCAUGCUCUGGACCAAACUCAUCAACGAUGCUUUGACAGAGGAUAAGGACAUUCAAUUCUUUCCCUGGUAAGAGAGCCUGUUGUCAACACCAUGCUGCCAUUUCUGGAUCUCGGCUACAGUUGGUUUUUAGUUUUGACAUGCUUUUUAAGUGAGAAAGUUGCGAAUAAAAAUGUUGCUUUGA